AUGCGCUCCGUCCGCUCACCCGUGGCGGCGCGUAUCCCGCCCGCCCUCGGGCGGUCCGGACGACGUGAGGUGUCGAUCUCGCGCCUCGCCGCGCCCGUCUCUCGAACACGACGACGCGACCGCGCCUCCGUCGGCCUCACCUCGCGCGCCACGUACGGCGGGGACGGCAAUUUGGAGCGCGAGCGCGAGCGCGCGCCUCGACGGAACCCCGGUCGCGCGCCGCCCGCGGAUUUCAGCGCCGCCGACACGUGGGACGAUAGCCUCGAGUGGCCGCGGUCUCCCGCGGAGCCCCCUCCGAGCUACGACCGCCGGGAGUCCGAAAGAGACGCGUCGCCUUCGGGAUCCGGUCGGCAGCCGCCGAACGAUGAAGAAGAAUUCGGCGCGCGCGGCGAACGGCGCGAGUCGCGCUACGGCGCGCGAGAGGACUUCGGUUACGACGAUUGGGCCGCAUCCGAGCCCCGCGGCGCGUACGACGAGUGGCGCGGGUCCCGAGACGGGCGUUCAACCGGACCCGGGUGGAAUCCCGCGGAGUCGCUCCCCGGGGUCAUGGGAGCGGCGACGAGGGCCAUCCUCGCGGCGUGCUCGGGCAUGUCCGACGUCACCGCGCGGGCGCUCGCGGGAGUUUUCCCCAGGUCCGUGCCCAUGGCAUCCCUACGCACGCUCGCGUACCUGCUCUGGGGCUUCCUCUUCUUCGUGGUGUUCCAGAGGGUCAUCUCGGGCUUUGUCCUCGUCGGCGGGUUGUUGUUGCUCGCCAUCGCCGUCGCGCAGGGUGAGACGGGGGGCGGGUUCGGCGGGAGCAACAGGGAUCCGAGGGACGGUCGCGCGUGGGGCGCCGCGUUCGGGUCGCGCGGGAGUAACUUCGACGAGUUUCGGGACGCGCGACGGCGGGAGCGGCGACGGCGACGCGCCGAGGACUUCUUCGGAGCCGCGGCGGCGGCGGCGGGUGCGACGCCGAUGGCGGAGUGGUGGAACGAGCGAGCCGAGUACGAGAGGGACUUUUACGGGUACCCCGGCGAGUUUAACGACACAGCUGGCGAGCCCGGCGGGAGCUUUAACGACACAGCUGGCGGUGACUCACCGGGCGGUGACUCACCGAGCGGCGAGGCCCGGCGGCGCAGCUACGACUUGGACGGCGACUACGUCGACGUGACGCCGCCGGCGAUUGAUUGGUCGAAGCUCGCGGAUACCGUGCGCUGGGCCGCGUCGGCGGAGGAGUUCAGGGUUUUUAACAACGAGGGGAUCAACGGCGGGAUCAACGAGGGGAUCAAGAUGGCGAACGAGGCGGUGAGGGGCUUCCAAGGGGCGUUCGAGGGGGCGGGAGGCGCGGGCGAGGCUGGGUUUUCUUUCUCCGCGGCGACGGCUCCGAGGGGGGGCGGGGGCCCGAGCGCGAAGGAACCGGUCGACGACGGGCUCGAUGACGACGCAUCGGGACCGUCGUCUGGGGACCCGACCGUCGUGGACGUCGAGGCUCGCGCGGUUCCCUUUGACGAGUGGUUCAGCCGCGGAUCGACGGAUGAGUCGGACCGGGGCUUCCCUUUGUCGAGCGACGACGCCGCCGCGGGGACCCCGUCGUCCUUCUCCUCGUCGUCGUCGCCGUCGCCGCCGCCGCGCGAGGGCCGCGCCGCGUACCGGGACCCGCCGUUCCGGUGGACCGCGGGCACCUACCGCGACCCAAACGCGUCCGCCCGCGAGGGUCCCCGGGGCGAGGGCCGAAACGAGAGGGCCGAAAGGAGAGCCGAGGGCCGAAACGAGAGGGCCGAAAGGAGAGCCGAGUGGGGCUACGGCGCCUUCGGGAGGGACGUCGGCGCGCCGCCCGGGUCGGACCGAGGCGGCGCCGGGCGGAACCGUUGGCGCGAGUUCAUGACCGGGAGGUUCUACGGCGAGUUCCAGGAGGAUCUGAUCGCCGCUCGGUUCGACGUGAACGGCGGCGUCGCGGUGGAGGAGGAGGAGGACGAGAAGAGAGGGGCGACGGGGGAGCGCGGGGCGAAUUUGGACGACGACGACGACCGCGGCGCCGGCGCCGUGCGUUAG